AAUAAGAUCUUGGAUUUAGUUUAUUUUUUGUGAGAGAAGAGUACAUGUAUGUAUGUACGUGUUUGCGUGUACAUGUUUUUCAAUAGCAAAAGAAAUCGAUUAUUAAUAACAAUUGAUUGGAAUUUUUAAUAUACUUGAUGAGUAAUACGCAGAUAAAGUUCACCUUUUUUUUAGCUUUUCAAACGACACUUUUUUUGUAAUGAAUUUAGCUAUUUGAAAUCUGCACGAUUUUAAGCUCGAGUUUAUUACUAUUAUGAACACGUUAAUUUCAGAUAUCGAACAGUCGACCGAAAACUCCGCGAUGAUAAUGGCGGCUUAAUGAUAUCAAUAUACUAUUAUUAAGAAUUACAGAGUCUAGCUGAUCAAAGUAUCAAUCUUGUGCACGAGUAUAAAAUGCAUGAUUCAUACAUCAUGUAUCCAAUGGUGCUUACGUAAUCAUUAGUAAUUGUUUUUGUAUUGAAAAUCUUGUGACUUUUUAUCGAAACAUAAAAUCAUUUUUUUUUGUUUUUAAUUAAAUUAUUAAUGAUCGACUUUAAUGAGUCACGGCAUGUUCAAAAGUAUUAUGCGCAUUUAACCGCCGUGAUUAAUAUACCUCGUGAUUUCAAUUUCUGAUGUAACACGUACACUCGCUAUAAUAGCAAGAGGCGUAUCUCCCUCUUAUCUUCAUUUCAUUCACGAUAAGAUCCGCGCGGCACGUACACAUUCAUAACGUUCUAUGCCGCGUAUCUCGUUUGUCUCUUUACCGUCACGAUGGAUUCGUCGUUGCUUUCGUCGGCCUUUACGCUACUGUUAAUUACUCUGAUCGCUAUUGGCGUAGACAUCUUAAAAGUUGUCACUGUAAUGCACCGUUCGUAUUUUUUCUGGAGAAAUAAAGGCGUGCCUUACUUACCAAAUUCGCUAUCGUCUCUCCUAACGGGUUGAAAAUUGUUCUUGCGCCGCAUCAGUUUUGCUGAUUAUUGUAUAUUUUUAUACGAUUACUUUCCGAACGCUAAAUAUAUUGGAAUGAUGGAUUUUGGCACGCCUGCCGUGCUACUGCGUGAUCCCGAAUUGAUCAGAGACGUCAUGGUGAAGGAUUUUGAACACUUCCCGGAUCAUCGUAGUUUCGUUGACGAAGAGUCGUUGACGAACAUCUUCGCCCUGCGCGGUGAUCGUUGGAAAGAAAUGAGAAAUACAUUGAGCCCCUCUUUCACCGCUAGCAAGAUGAAGUUCAUGUUUGAUUUGAUUUCGAAAUGCUCCGAGGACUUUGUUAAUUAUUUGGCGGAUCAUCCAGAAAUCUGUCAUGCGAUCGAAACAAAGGGAGCCCUCAGACGGUACACCAACGACGUAAUUGCUACCGCAGCCUUUGGCAUAAGUGUGAACUCAAUGAAGGAUCGAGAGAAUGAGUUUUACACGAGAGGCCUGGAGGCUACCAAAUUUUCUAGUGGAUUGCUUCAAUGGAUGGGUCUAACAUUUUUUCCAUCGGCUACAGCCAAGUUUUUUAAAACUGUCGUGGGGGAAACUAUCAAAGCACGAGAAGAGCAAGACAUCGUCCGACCGGAUAUGAUUCAUUUACUGAUGCAGGCUCGGGACAAGAAAAGCGCCAGCACACACCAAAUGACUCUGGACGAUAUCGUCUCGCAGGCUUUCAUUUUUUUCUUCGCCGGUUUUGAUACAUCCUCGACGCUGAUGUGCUUCGUUGUUCACGAAUUGGCAGUUAAUAAAGACAUUCAGGAUCGUUUGCGCGAGGAGGUGCGACAGCAUCUCGCCGAAGGGAACGGUGAGAUUUCUUACGACUCGUUAUCGAAGAUGUCCUACAUGGAUAUGGUGAUUUCUGAAACUCUCAGAAAGUAUCCACCGACAAUCUUUAUCGACAGACUUUGCACAAAGAGAUACGAAUUGCCACCGUCGCAACCGGGCUGUAAGAAUGCGAUCAUCGAGCCUAACAAUAUACUGAUGUUUCCGAUUUAUGGUAUACAUCGCGAUCCGCAGUACUUUCCGAAUCCGAACAAAUUUGAUCCCGAGAGGUUCAACGAGGAGAACAAAGACAAUAUUUUACCGUAUACUUAUCUACCGUUUGGCCACAGACCUAGAAAAUGUAUCGGCAAUCGAUUUGCUUUAAUGGAGACCAAGAUUCUGAUAGCUCAUCUUUUGCAAAAGUUUAUUCUGAAAACUACGGAAAAAACCGUCGAACAACCAGUUGUAUUCAAUAAAAAGGAGUUUUCGUUGCAACCUGUUGGCGGAUUCUGGAUUGGCUUGGAGAAAAGAGAAAUGUGAAAAUAUUUUACAAAAAUAUUGCCGCUUUUAACAUUCAGAGAUAUUCAAUACAUUUAUGCAUUUUAGUAGAUGUAGAUGAUUGGAGUGUAGAAUAAGAUUUACUUGUGACGUAUUACGUUGUGCAAGGCGAACCAGAAGAUUAAGUUUUUACAAUGUAGACAUAAAUAUCACAGCUUCAUAUUCUCUAAACAAUCUGUAUAAUGACGGAAGCAAAUUAAUAUUAUAGUUUGGAUAUUUUGACUUUUAUUAUAUAUUAUCAUGGAAGUAUAUUAGAAUCAUUUUCGGGUUUAUGUCUUGGACAACUUAGGAUUCACUCAUGUUGCAACGAUACAAUGUACAAUUCAAUUGAAAAAGCAGUAAUUUUUGUAACGUUGCGAGUGCUAAUUUUGAUUUUUAUGUAUUACUUUUGAAUUUAAAUAUUAUUUAGAAUAUGGCUUGUCACUAAGAAUGACGCAUUACAUGUUUAACAUUUAUUUUUAUGUUUAUAAAUCAUUGUUAUAACUAGCAUUUCGAGCUAUUAUUAGUCUACGUUUUAUAAAUUAUUGAUUAAGUUUUUGUUAAUGAGAGAAAAAAAUUAAAUUACGAUGGACAUCGUGACUCGCGAAGAUUCUCGGAUCCAUUUGACUUGAUAGGGCAUAAUGAUUUAUAUAAUUUUUAUUUGUCGCCAAACAACACAAUAAACAUGAGAGAUAUGAUAUCGUUGAUUUUUUUACGUAAGAGCGAAUUUCUCUAUUACUUAAAUAUUUUUUGUACUUUGUUUUUAUUUUUGAGACAAUUUCAUCUCUUAUUAGUUUAAAUCAUAUUUCUCAUAAAUUGUUGUAAAUUUAAUUAAAUGUUAUAGAUUUUUAAUUAUAAUAGCUGGUGAAAUAGUUUAUAUUAGAGUAUAUUUCCCGAACUUCUAUGAACCGCGAUCUGUUUUUUAAAACAUCCGUGAUUCGUUUAGUUUCAAUGGUUAUAAACAAGAAAGAAAUAUAAAUUGAUUCCUGUCAUAUUUAUUUAUCAUCAUAUUUCUUUUAUUUUUUAAGUUUUUCUUGAAUAUAAUUUUAUAAAUUUGUAUUUUGUAUUUAAUAAAUUUGUAUUAUAUUAAAUACAUAAUUAGAUAUAAGUGGCAAGUAUAUUUGAAAAUGUUAAAUAAAUUAGCAAAUUCAGUAUAUUUCAUCUCAGUUAUAAAAAUUUAUCACAUUGAUAACAACGGAGAUACUUAAGAUUGACUGACGUAAAAUAUUCGUUAAUUCGGUAACACUAGUGUAAACAAUGACGAAUCAGAUUCUGUAUUAGAACAAUAUUAAAAAGUCUAAUUAGGCUAGAUUAGAAGUAAAUUGAAAUUGCAUUAUAAAUAAAUGUUUUAUUUGAUAUUUUUGUUUAAAAUUGAAAUAAUUUAUAUUGCAUUUGUUAAUUUAAUAUAUAUAUUUUUUAAUUUACCUCAGAUUGAUAAAAGAACAUUAAAUCUAAAAAACCAGGCGUUUGUUAUUUGCGAAAAUUAAAGAAGCAUAGUUCUAUAUAAACUUCAUUGUGUUAAAUUUCUACAUAAACUUACAGUAUUCUAUAUAAACUUUGUUGUGUAUUAAACUUUCUCAUUAUAGAACAAGAUACAAUUUUGUUAGUAUCUGUAAAUCAAUGCUUAAUAUUAAUUUAGCUGUUUAAGGAAGUUUUCUACUUUUCUAGUUUUCUAGUUUUCUACUUUUCUGAUCUUUAAGAGAUUUUUAAGAUUUUUUUUUCUUACCUAGGAAAGUAAAUAUUCUUCAAACUUUUACUUUUUAUUAAUUAUUAAUUAUUUGAAGAUUGAUUUUUUAUUUUUUAUUUUUUAAUAAAGGAUGUAAAUAAUAAUUUAUUAAUCAUAGAUUUAGUUGACUUUGGAUAGUUUGGAUCAGUAAUCAUGAAUUUAGCUAUUCUAGUGAACUACAAUUUUGAAAAACUUAAACGUCACUUUAUUUAAAACAUUUGCAGUUGUUGUCGAAGCUAAAGUUAUCUUGAUAAUUUAUUGAUUUUUUUAUUGAAUUGUCUAAAACAUCCAUUUCGUAAAGUUCAAAUAGACAUAUUGUUAAUUAUUGUUAAUAAAUUAUUCAUAUUUUUUUUUUAAAUGAAAAUCAAUCUUUAAAUAAAUAAAAUUUUGAACAAUAUUUAAAAAGUCUAAAAAUCUAAGAGUCGGUGUGACAAAGUAGAAAAUUCUCUUAAAACAUGAGCUGUAUAACCUUGUACAUAAUAUAUAUUCGGUUUAAUUAGAGCGGAAGCGAAACGGAUAGAGCGGUUAAUAAAAAAAAAAAGAAAAAAAGA